AUGUUCGCUCACGUCAGCGUAUUUCUCUGCGCGAUUGUAUCGCUUUCUUUUGGUCAAUUGUUGACAACUGAUCGACAAUGUCUUCCGGAUACGAAUGAUUUCGCUACGAAAGUAGAAAAGUCAUCCAUCGUCGUCUAUGGCAAAGCCAUGGCUAAAAUCAUGAACGAGGGAAGCGAAUCGAUCUUUCAUGUCUUCUAUCAAGUUGACUGUAUUUUAAAAGGGCCGGCAACAUUACGACAAAUAAACAUCACAAAUGCUGGUCGAGUACCCGGCAAACAACAUUGUCAAGAGUUUCCAGUCGGUCGCGGUUAUUCCAUCGCUUUUCUCGAACCAGUUUCAGCAAAUCAAUCUGAUUUUAAAACAUUUACCCCAGCUGAUUUCACUGAAAUUCGUGAAGAAGGAAAUUCAACCAGUCAAUUAUUGGCUCGAACAUGCAAUUUACAUCGAAUUGUACCCCGCCAAUCUUUAGCAUCAGUUGCUGACGUUUGUCCACCAGUUGGCACUCAUCCAAUUUGUCAAGAAAUGAACGUUACUUCUCUACUAGUACCCAAUGCACGUCUCAAUUCAACAGUUGCUAUUCCAAUUGAGACAAAACCAACUGCUUCUGAUGUAAUUGUCGCUCCUCGAGGUCAAAAUGAACAUUCAAAUAAAUCUGCUUUAACUCCUGAACAAGAAAUUGACAUGAUUCGAAGUAAAUCCGCACAUGAGCAUCAAGAGCACGCUGAUGGAAAUCUUGGUAUCAAAACAACAUGCAGCAUAUUUUUAAUGGUUAUCGCUUUCGUCUUUAGCUUCUUUUGA